GUGCCCUGUGAACAUGGAGGCCGGGUCCCGGUCAGCUGUCAUGUACUAGUGUUCGUUAUCAUUCAUUCCUCUCGUCCGGCCAUGAUUCCCUUUACCGUGAACAUUAAGCUGUCCACCCGGACGCUCACCGGAGCCCUCACCGUGCACAACAAGGGGGCGCUAGACUGGGGAUGUCAAGGUCUAAUUGCUUAUGGCUGUCACUCUCUGGUUCUUGUGGUGGACCCCAGCACCGCACAAACACUUCAGGUCCUAGAAAAACACAAAUCGGAUGUAGUCAAGGUUAAAUGGGCAAGAGAAAACUAUCAUCAUAAUUUGGGUUCCCCCUAUUCCCUACGGUUAGCAUCUGCUGAUGCCAGUGGAAAAAUUGUGGUCUGGGAUGUUACAACUGGUACAACGCGGUGCGAAAUACAAGAAUACUCUAAACCUGUCCAUGACAUGCAAUGGUUAUGGAGCCAGGAUGCCUCUCGUGAUCUUCUGCUGGCCGUUCACCCACCUAAUCUCAUUGUGCUGUGGAAUGCAGACACCGGAACCAAACUGUGGAAGAAAAGCUACGCAGAGAACAUCCUGAGUUUUUCGUUCAAUCCUUUCCAGCCUUCACAACUUGCCUUACUUACCAGUGAGGGCAUCGUGUUUGUCUCUGACUUUUCCCCAUCUAAGCCUCCAGCAAGUAGUGGACGGAAAGUUUACAUCUCAAGCCCUCACUCCAGCCCUGCGCAUGCAAAGCCAGUGUCUGCUACAGGGGCAAAGAAAGCCCUGAACAAGGUCAAGAUUCUCAUCACCAAUGAGAAGCCCAGUGCUGAGGCUGUAACACUGAACGAGUGUUUGCAAUUGUCCUACUUGCCUUCAAAACGCAACCACUUGCUAUUGCUUUAUCCCAGGGAGAUACUCAUCUUGGACCUGGAGGUUAACCAGACUGUGGGAAUUGUAGCAAUUGAGAGGACAGGAGUGCCUUUCUUGCAGGUGAUCCCUUGCUUUCAGAGAGAUCUGCUUUUUUGCCUGCAUGAGAACGGCUGUAUUACAUUACGUGUGGGCAGGCAAGGCUGUGGAAACUCGGGCGUGCCAAAUGAAGAGGGAGAAAUCGAGACUCAUCAGACCAGGCAACAUUUUUCCAGUCUUCAACAGUCCAAUUUUGAGUCGGAUCCAGUGCCGGAGAUGACUUAUGAUUUGCGCUGUCAGUGUGACGCCAUUCGGGUGACUAAGACAGUACGCCCUUACGGCAUAACCUGCCACCCUAUUAAUGAAAAUGCUGUUGCCCUCAUUAUCAGCGAUGGAAGGGUCAUGAUUUGGGAGCUGAAGUCUAGUUUCCCUGGAAGGAAGAUACGCAAUACCAGUGGCUCCAGUGCAUGCAUGUUAUAUGCUCCUCUAUCGUUCUGUGGGAAACCAGAUCUCUCACUUGACAGUAUGAUAGCAGGCCAGAGUCUGUCCGACUCUCUGCAGUCUGUAAGUUCUCCAGAAGUGCACCUCAAGUUCCUGCUCACCGGCCUCCUCUCUGGGUUGCCACAGCCGCCCUUUGUGGUGAGAAUGUGCCCUCCGCUCACCACAAAGAAUAUCGCACAAUAUAAACCCCUUCUUGCAGUAGGUACGAGCAACGGUUCAGUCUUUGUGUAUAAUCUGACCAGUGGACUGCUACACAAGGAGUUAAACAUACAUUCUUGUGAGGUCAGGGGCAUCGAGUGGACCAGUCUCUCAAGCUUCCUGUCUUUUGCCACCUCCACUCCAAACAACUCGGGUCUGGCGAGAAAUGAGCUGCAGCUGGUAGAUCUUCUUACUGGCAGAAUUAUGGCUUUCAGAGGAGAGAGGGGCAAUGAUGAACAACCCAUGGAAAUGAUUAAAGUGUCUCAUCUCAAGCAGUAUCUGGUUGUGGUGUUUAAAGACAAGCCAAUGGAAUUGUGGGAUAUCAGGACGUGUACCCUGCUGCGGGAAAUGUCCAAGGUCUUCCCUACUGUAACAGCCUUGGAGUGGUCGCCUUCUCAUAAUCUGAAGAGUCUUCGUAAGAAACAUAUGGCAGCUCGCGAGGCAAUGGCACGUCAGACAGUCUCUUCAGACGCUGAUCUGAGCAGUGUUGAAUCCUCAGUCAUCAGUCUGUUACAGGAGGCGGAGAGCAAGUCGGAGCUGAGCCAGAAUAUCUCUGCACGGGAACACUUUGUGUUUGCAGACACAGAUGGGCAAGUUUAUCACCUUACCGUGGAAGGGAACACUGUGAAAGACAGCGCCAGGAUUCCCCCAGAUGGCAGUAUGGGAAGCAUCUCCUGCAUUGCUUGGAAGGGAGACACUUUGGUUCUGGGAGACGUGGAUGGAAACCUAAACUUCUGGGACUUAAAGGCCCGGGUCUCAAGAGGAAUACCAACCCGCAGGAGCGGUGUCUGGAAAAUCCGGUUUGCCCCAGGAAAAGGCAACCAGAAGCUAAUUGUGCUCUUCAGUGAUGGAGCGGAAGUUUGGGAUACAAAGGAGCAGCUUCAGAUGGUGAGUUCCCUGCGCACGGGAAGAAAUAUGAAUUAUCGUGUGCUGGAUGUUGACUGGUGCUCAUCAGACAAAGUCAUCUUAGCUUGUGAUGAUGGUUGCAUCAGAGUCCUGGAGAUGUCCAUGAAACCUGCAUGCUUCAGAAUGGAUGAACAAGAACUGCUAGAUCCCGUCUGGUGUCCAUACCUGCUUCUUCCAAGAUCAUCCCUCGUCCUUAAAGCCUUUCUGUUGCACCAGCCUUGGGGAGAGAAGCAUUCCUUAGAUAUCUCUAGCACUGACUUCCCAGAGCACGAUGACAUCAAGAACCUGAUCCAGCAGCAAAUCAACGCAUUGACCAAUGAUAUAAAGGAUCUUUUCCUGGACCCGGAGUUCACUCUCCUGCAGAGGUGCCUACUGGUUGCAAGGUUAUAUGGCGAUGAGUCUGAGCUGCAUUUUUGGACUGUGGCAUCUCAUUACCUUAAGGUUUUCCAAAGUGAUGCACCUCACGUCAGCAUUUCAGCAAACCCCUUGGACAUCUGUUAUGACCUGCUGUGUGAGAAUUCCUAUUUCCAGAAAUUCCAGUUGGAUAGAAUUUGUCUGCAAGAGGUGAAGCGUUCAAGCUAUGAACAUACAAGGAAGUGUGCAGACCAGCUGCUUCUCUUAGGGCAGACAGACCGAGCUGUACAGCUGCUUCUAGAAACCAGUGCUGACAACCCACAGUAUUACUGCGAUUCCUUGAAGGCAUGCCUCGUUACCACAGUUACAUCCUCUGGACCCUCCCAGAGCACAAUUAAGUUGGUAGCAACCAACAUGAUUGCCAAUGGGAAACUGGCAGAGGGGGUGCAGCUGCUCUGCCUGAUAGACAAGGCUGCAGACGCCUGCCGCUACCUCCAAACUUACAAUGAAUGGAACCACGCAGCCUGGCUGGCAAAGGUGCGACUGAAUCCGGAGGAAUGCGCCGAGGUCAUGAAGCGUUGGGUUGACCAUCUCUGUUCACCACACAUCAACCUGAAAUACAAAGCAAUCCUUGUUCUCCUCUCUCUUGGCUGCUUCAGGAAAGUCAUUGAGAUGUUACACAGCUUGCGUUGUUUUGAUCGCGCUGCCUUGUUUUUGGAAGCCUGUCUGCAGAACUCAGCAAUUGAAAUCAGCAUUGAAACCAAUAAACUGAUCUCUGCAGUAUUUGCAGAUUAUGCCCGUGCCCUCCGCUCUAUAGGUUUUACCCAGGGAUCUCUGCGUUUUGCCCAGAAGGCAGGAGAUGCUGGGGCAGAGCUGGUGUCUGAGCUUCAGAGCAACAAAUUCGAAGAUGAAAAAUGAGGCAAAUAACUGAACAAUUGCCCAUCUACUGAAAACUGAAAGAAUGAAGGAAACGUGGAAUUACAAUUACAACAGAUCAUUGCACUCAGUACACCCUCUGCUAUUCCUCUUGUUCCAGCUUGAAUAUUGAGCCUCUCCGUGCAUUCUUACCUGUAUACAGUAAAUGACACUACCUGACAACCAUUCCAAUAUAUUCCUUACUGUACGAACUACAGCACAAAAUACUGAAGAUAGAACCAGGAAUGGCUAUUGCCAUGUUCUCCAAACAGUGUAGUAUUGACACAUAUGGCACCUAAGUUUAGUCCUGAGCAGGUUGGGUACUUACAGUUUACCAGAUUUUCAGAAAAAUUGAAAUAAUUAAAACUAUAGUUUAGAGUUCAUUUGGAAAACAGUGUUAUUCACUUGACUUAUAUAAACCCAUCUGAUGAUUAUCAUAAAGAAAACCCCGCAAGUGAUGUGUAAUAGGCUAAAAUAAUUCUGGUAAGUUCUCCAUGCGGGGGAAGUACCGUAUGUUCUUGAUGUACAGUUAGAAAAUCAAUUCAUUGUCUCAUAGGAGCUGCAGGCUUAUCUUACAUAAAAAGUAGAAAGACCCAGCUUCCGAUAAAACA